AUUUUUGAGAUUUGGUUUAAUUUAGCAAAACACUUCCUUGUCAGCUGAUGGAGAAUGUGAAAUUGCGUUUUGGCUAAAAUGCCUAAUUUUAGCUCAAUGGGAAGCAACAUUUUUGUCCUGUGAACUCUAAAUUGACAAAUCAGUGCAGUAAAAAUUAAUUUGAGUAGGAAAGUGUCCAUGUUAUUCAGUAUGUUUAUGGAUAUCAGCUGUAAAAAUGUCUGCUUCUGAGGUAGCAUCUGAACUUUAGGAGAAAUUUUGGGUAUAAGUUCCGUUCAAGAAUUGUACAUCUUAGUCCAAGAUGGUGUACAUAUUCUUUGUCCAGUCUGGAACCAUGAUGACUUUUGAAAAUGAGAUCUCCAUUAUGCAGAGUGUGGCAGAUCUCAAGAGAAAAAUUUUCGAAAAAUGCCAUAUUCCCAUAGAACGACAAGUACUUUUGAUAAGUGGUGGAGAGCCUUUAGAUUCAAGUAAGAAUCUAUGCUCAUAUAUGGCUGGCACUGAUACCAAUCCUAUUUACUUGUUCUCAACAAAUUUUGACGUGUCACAACUAGAUAGUGGAAAAUAUCUUCAGUUAGAUGAUGAAGAAUUAAGAAAGCGGCUGAUAGAUGCCCGAUGCUUGCCGAUUUCUGUUAACACGGUGAAAACACGCACCUUGGUAUCUCAAGAUUUCGCGUCUGCAGCCAAGGAUCAAUUGGAGUUUUGCGAAAACUUGGUUCAUGAGCAACAUUUACAACAACAGGGGUGGUUUGCUGUUAUAGCUAAUCUAGAAGACAUUGGAAUGGAGUUUCGGAAACGAUGGGAGUUAUUCCAAAGAAUGUACCGAGAAUUUAGAGCGGACCGUGCUACCUACGAUGACUUUCUCGUAAGCUUUGAAGCUGACAAGAGAAUUCUCCAAAAAAUACCAGUAGUUGCGACGUUACUGGAAUCGGGAAACAACACAAUGGAAGAGUCAAAGUCUGAAAUAGCUAGUAAUGUAUCAGAAUCAGAAUCCGACAAGGAAAUUACUUUAUAUGACUGGAUAUCAUCUGACAAUAAAAAUUCGCUGGACGAAUUAUACGAACUUUGCAAAUCCAGUCUGAGCAAGUUCGAACAGGAAAUUAUGCCUUCUUUAACAAAAAAUAUUGAUGAGGCUUUGCUUAAUGCUGAGACAACAGAAAGGAAAGAAAUCGAAGGACUGGAGAAGCGACUGUGCGAUUUGGAUGAUCUGGUCAGAAAAGUAAAGGCUUACGUUGAAUGUCAGACUACGAUGGCGCAAAGUUUUUUACAACAUAAACAGAGUGUUACUAAUAUUAAGGACAAUUCAAUACUUCCUGAGUUGUCUGUUAGUCAUAUGCAUCAAUUGACUUUAAUACUAGAAACUCACGAGAAACUAAUGGAAGAUAGAAAUCGCAUAAUCAAAGCUAAAUUUGAAUUGAGUAAAAGCUUAUGCUUCAGAAUUGGUUGGGUUCAACAAGUAGAGGGAAAAUUGUGGGAGUUGGAUAAUCUAUUAGUAUAUUUUCAUGAGCAUUUACAAAGAUUACGAAAACAUUUAGAAGUGUUUCAGCAGCUUCAUAUUGCUCCAAUAAUCUAUAUGAAUGCAUUAGUUGAAGUGGUCAGACGACGAUUAUUUUCACAAUUGUUCUUGCUGUGGGCAUCUGAUCUUGCCUGUCAACAACUUACGAUUUAUAAUGAAGAAGUUACGAGAAGAAAGGAUUUUAAUGCCUUAUUUGAUGGACAUUUUCUUUCUGCGCUUUUCCCUGGAAUGAGUGAUAUCCCGCCUACUUUUGCUACAGAGGCACCCACUAUGUUCGACGCUCAGCUACCCAACGUUAGCGCUGAAGAUAUUGAGAAACUUCGGAAGCAAGUUCCCGAUUUUAUAGAGAAUUUGAUUGUUCCUGACAUGAGUCACGUUGCAAAUUUUUUUACUGGAAAAGUUUCUGGGAAAGAGAAGGUAGAUGAUAUUUUUCGGGGCAUUGAAGAUAAAUUAAUCCAAGCAGUAUCUGAUGUGGGACUUGCUAGCCAAUUAGAUCAGAAUAUGUUGAAAACAAGCAGCGAAUCUUGUUUAGUUUCCGCUCCUGGGGUAUCGGUUCCUAAAGAUGACAAGGGCUGUGAGUCCGAAACGGACACAGAAGAAUUUGAAAAAGUGGGUCAAAGUCCUAUGGAACUUGGUUUUCCUCAAGGUGAAUUCACUGGGACUGAAUCCAAAGUUACUGAAAAAAUCGACGUUUCAACUAUCACAGAGGUACGAAAUCCAGUAUAUCCUCCUAAAAAAACCCCGCGAUUCUUUCGCUCCACUCAAUCGUUUGAAACGGACUCUACGCCACGAACUCUGAGCAUUAGCAUGAAUGAAAGCUUCACUAACUUGAAAAAUAGUUCUCUUGACUCUAUCGACGAAAUGUCCAGUUUAAAAGUUUUUACAAAUAACACUGACAGUUGUUUUAACUCACACUAUAAUGAAUCCAAAAGUAGAGACCAUUCAAAUCUACUAUCUAGUACUAGUACUUCCAUACAUCUUUUGGAUUCUACCAGUUUGUCGACAUUCCCAAAGGCUAAUACACUUUUUCAACAUCAGAGCGGCGCGCUCUCGGGUUUGAUGCUUAGUCGUUCAAAGUCAGUUUCACCUCAGAGUCCGAGGGAUGUUCUAUUCCAAGAAACAAGUUCUCCUAACACCGGUAUGCAGUCCGAUUUCUCCACUGACGAAUACUAUAUCGAUGAAAGCAUGCCUUCUAGUGUCGGCACCGGCAACAGCCAAGGAUCUGAAUUCGUCAGACAGUUGGAUACCGCGAAUAUUGUUAUCGCGAUGCUUCAGGAAAAUCUUCAAAUUUCAAGAUUAGAACAUGAAAAGCUCAAGAACAUUGUGGUUAACUUGAGCGGAAUUGCAAAACUGGCAACGGCAAAUUUGCGCACAGACCUUAACACUUUUAAGGUACAGUUUGAAACUGAGUCACGGUCUUUAUCUCAGCAGUAUGGAGAUUUGGGUAGUUCUUGGGAGACGCUGCUGAUAGAGGUUGAUAAAAAUGAACAAGAAAUCGUAAGAUGCAUGAGGCAGGAAUGCUCUGAACAAAAAGACCAGUACCAGUACAAUUUAAUGGAAAAAGAAGAACUGAUUAAAAGAUUAGAUCGCGACAAUAGAAAACUGGAAAACGAUUUAAAGCUAACCAGUGUUAAAGUAAAGUCAUUAGAGGCACUAUUGGAUAAACAAAAUACGGAGACAGCAUCGAAAAUCGAGACACUUACUAAGCAGUUACAACAAAAAGAAUUGGACCAUCGUACUGAGUUAGAUAAUAUUAAGUCUAGGUUCAAGAUGAUUACUAUGGAGAAAAGUCCUUCAUUAACAUCUUUAGAGAAGGAGAGAAGCUCCGAUUUUGCAUUAGAUUCGACAUUAUUUUUACAAAUGACUGAAAAUUUCGAGUUAGAUAAAGCCCAGGCUGUUGCUGAAGAAAGAGCGCGCUGGGAACUUAUUUUAGAAGAUAAAGUGCAGGAAAGGUGUAAAGUAUUGUCCCGAGAGAUUACACGACGUAUAAGUCAUGAUAAAGAUUUACAAAUUGAUGCGCUAACACGACGAGAAACCGAUCUCAACCUAAAGAUUAUAAAAUACCAAACAAUAAUUGAUCAACUAACUGAUCGUGAAAGUAACUCUGAAACCGGUUUGGGUCAAGAAUUUGAAAAAAGUGAAGGUCGCAUUGAAGGCGCGUUGUCAAGAGCUGAUAUUGAUCAUGGAGCAAUGACAUUUUCAACAUUUGUGGAUAACGAAAAGAAACUGGAAAGUACAUUCGCUGGUCUUACUAAAAGCGAAAUUGGUACUGGUCAAGCUGAUGAUUUGAAUUUUAACGGUUUUAAGAUUGGAGCGCUUGUCUUAGUAUGCUGGGACGAAGUGUAUAAGAACUAUACAAUUUAUCAGCAUUCAAAACAGUUGUAUUUUUUACAUUUUGAUUCAUUAGCAAAUCUUGGAUUGAAUAUAGUUAAAGGUCAACCAAACAAGACACGUUGCAUUGGCCAGGUUAUUGAUAAAGAGUUAUGUGAAACUUUGAAGGAGACAAACCGCUUAAACAUUCCUAAAGGGACCAAGUUUUUUUUGGUUAAAGUAAAACCGGUCAAUGCCAUACCUGAAAAAGCGAAUUACCCUUCGCUCGAAAAAGGUGCAGAAUGCUCAGAGACUGCAACCGGUUGCAAUCAAACAGUUUCAUUAGGCCUAGAUGCAACAUGUAAACUGCCUGAUGAAGUGAUUUUAAGUGAUAUCGAAAAGCAAUUGGAACAGGAUAGUGCAAUUGUGGAUAGAAUUGAGCAGGCUUCUAUUACAAUAAAUGACAGUGAGCGGUCGGAUGUCGAUAGUACUUUGGGGCAACCGCACUUUUCAGAACUUGGAGCUUCGCAGCCUCCAUUUGAAAGACGCAGUAAUUCUGAAUCUGAGGAAAUCGAGUUGCUAAAAAGAGACAAUCAGCAGCUCAAAGAUCAGCUCGCUAGUUUCACUGGCGAGAAAAGUGCGUUGAUGACAACAUCUGUGGCUGUGUAUGAAGGAAAAAUGGAUGCAGCUACAAGCCCCUUAGAAGCUUUUCCAGCAAUACCAGAUAUGAGCAGAAGUGAAACAUCAACUCGUCCACAUCGGUUAAGUAUUGAUAGUUGCAAAAUAGGAGAUGUCGUAUUAUUGCUGUGGGAUCCAGUACAUGAAAACUUUAAAAUAUUGCAGGAGUCUAAACAUACAUAUUUUCCCCAUUCAGAUUGUUUAGAAAAGCUUGGGUUAUUAGUCACGGAAGGUAAACCAAAUAAAUUGUACUGCCUGGGAGAAGUAGUAGAUAGGGAAUAUUGCCAAACAAGAAAGAGUGAGAAUCGUUACAAAGUUCCAAAAGGAGCUAAAUUCUUCCGAGUUAAGUUGAAACCGAUAUCUGCUGCUCAUCGUGAGGCUGCGGAUCUAUCUCAAUCCGUUUAUUUACCGAAACAAGCUUCUGCAAUGUCAACCAGUCAUUCAGUAGCAACAACAUUCGGACCACUUGUAGAAGAAACACAAUGCCAAUUCAAUUUCGCUGAAAUGUCAGUUAUGACGUUUGGGUCCAUUGACAAUGUGGGAGAUCGUCCAUGCCCAUCAGAAACUGUCGAAAUACCGUCAAGUGAUGACCGUGGCUUGUCUGAAUUGCCGGCAGAAAAUCCUACUGCUGACACGAAUGAAAAGCCUUUCGCCGAGGACAGCGGAAUUCAAGAGGUUUUUCCUGGACUAGGAGACAUUGAUGGGUUUGAGGAUGAUUCGUGUAAUGAAGUGAUUGAACAAGCAACUUAUAGCACAAACUGGUUUGAAGCAAUGUUUCGAAGCAUGUUUAGCAAAUGAGUUCGUACAAAAAAUCGUUCAGACCGAAACUUUAAUCAAUUCAUAAGACAUACAGUGAGGUAGAGAAUAAUAACAGCAUUGGUUUUUGUCCUCCGCUUUAAUAGCCUUUGUGUAAUUUAAGGUCGUGAGAUAAUUGUUUUCCAAUAAAAUGAAAGAAAUAUUCUCUUCUAAUUUUAAUAAUUUUUUAGAUAAUUACUAUUGCGGCUCUAUUUUACUGCAUUAAUUUUUUAAAUUUAUGUGUAGAAUUAUGAAUUUUAAUUAUGAUUAAUUGUCUUGACUGAAAUCAGAUUUAUGUAUGCUUGAAAGGACAGAAAAGGGCUAAAAUUAAGAAAUAUUUUCAUUUCGUUGGCGUUCUUGUAAUAUACUUUAUUGUUCAUGUUUGAUAUUAAAUCAACCAUACAAUAAUAAUGCACAAAUAUUUACCUAUUAUUUUUUUCAUGUAAUUGUUAUUGAUAAUUUCUGCGGUGUUUCAAUUGUUGUCAGCAGUAAAAUAUAGGAGUACAGGAAACAAUAAUUGUUAUUAAAAAUUGUUAUAUUAAAAAAAAUCAGAAAUUCAGUAGUGGGCCAAUUUAUAUUUUAAGAUUGUAAACUUAUUUAAUUUAGUAUACUCAAUGACUGUUCUCAAUAGUUUAUGUAAAUAAUUUGAGUAUUCUUAUCUUAGAGCCUUAGGAUUAAAUAUGCAAUAAUUUAUUAAUUUAAACUGUGUAGGCUUUCACGGACGGUUAAAUUGGAAGUUGAAUUUAUUAGAUUGUUUCUGCUAUGUGAAAGUGCUAAGAAAAUCUGACGCGGAAUAUUGAUUGAAUUUAAUGAGUCCGUUAAGCAGAUCAUAAGCAGCUUUGCCACUAAGUCUGUAAAUAUUGCAAUAUUAAAUAUACUUUUUGCCUUAAAAGGUCAAAAUAAUGCACUGUAAUGAUUAUUGGUUUGCGAUAAACAAUACUUAAACUGAAUCAAAAUAGCGUAAACCAUGAUAUCAUCGGCUUGUUAGAACUGAAAAUAUUUUUACAUUUUAGUGCCUGUAAAUAUAAGUCGUCAAUUUUAUAUGUUACCAACGUAAAAUUAAUAAAUAUUCAAGAAAU